CUCUCCGCCAGAGUCAGAAAGUCGCUUGGUCUGAUCGCUCCGGGAAUGGGAUCUUGGACAAGAGUCAAGAUAAAAAUUACCUUUAGGCGAGUCUAUCCGUUCCAAAUACUUUUCUUAGUUCUGCGAGAAUAACGAGAAGAUAAAAGAACAAACGAAAAAAGACAGAUAAAAAAACGAAUGGAAGAAAAAGAGAAGGUAGUGGGGAAUAACUGAAAAGAAAGACAGCUACAGGUCUAUGGGGCACAAAUAUUUAAGAAACGAUUUUAUAGGCUGCACGAGCUUUCUCAGCUGCUCCAGUGAAGGGGAAAACUACUUUCUUAUAAUUCAUGUUAAACCGGUAAGCUAAAAAAUUCUUCCAAAUAUUGCAAAUGCUGAUGCGCUAGCCUAUGCGCACUAUUUUACUACAAAACAAUAGAUAGGUUGGCUAAACUGUUGUUCAAAGCAGAAAGACUUUGAUAAUUGGGGUAACCGUAAAGUUAUAGGUUUAAUUCCAUAGAAAUAUAAAAGUUGGAAGAAGUGUUUCUGUGACGGGGUAUACAGUGGCUCCUGAAAGCCUGUGUCAGCGCGUGAGAGUGUAUGGCGUUGAGGAGCGAUCGAGAAGCGGAACUUCUCACUCUAUACGAAUAAGCGACGAUGGCAAAGUGGUUCAAAGAUUUCCCCAUAAAUCUCAAGAACGGUACCGACAGGAUCCGCUCAGCCUCCGAGUCGAGUUCUCAGUCUCGAGCCAAGCCCGGACUGGCAGCCGGGAUAGGCACUAAAACUGGCAGCACCAAAGGCAGUCCGCGCAAAAAUUCUGGAGUCGAGGGUGGCAGCGCUAGUGGGGUGGGUUCGCUUCUCUCAGGGAGAAAUAGGAAAAAUUCGGCUAUAGAACUGGGACGGAAUGGAACUACCGGCGGAGGUUCGAUGAAAGAUGGAAAGGUCUGGGAUAGCUUUAUCCCGGGAAAGAGUCGGAAAAACUCAAAGGCAGAGUCUGGAUUGGAAGAGCACCGGUCACUUAAAAGUUCGAGUUCGGCGAACGCCUACAUCAGCCGGCUGAUAAAGUUAGACAAACAGGACAAAAACCCGAACUUCAGCAGUGGCACCGGUGGUCUUGCUGGACCUGAAACGGAGAAAGGAAAUACUGCUUGUAGAACAGAGACGGUGAUCAUUCUGGAGGACUACGCGGACCCCUUCGAUGCGCAGAAGACCCGGGAGCAGAGGGAGGCGGAGAGAGUGGGAGAGAACGACGGGUACAUGGAGCCGUACGACGCCCAGCAGAUGAUCACAGACGUUGCUGCUUUUUGCAUGGAGCUCCAGAGGCGGUACGCCCUGCAGGAGGGGGGAGAGGGGGCGGCCGAGGAGGGGAGGCCCCCGCCCCCCCAGAUAUACGACACCCCGUACGAGGCGGGCACGGAGGGGGAGGUGGGAGGAGUCAGGGCUCCGGUCGCCCGGCCGGACCUGGAGCCCCGCCCGCCGGCUGAGUACGAGCUGCCCUGGGAGUGGAAGAAGGAGCCGAUCGCCAAGGCGCCCUCAGCUCAGUUUGAGGGUGUGGAGCGCCCCGUCCCGACCAAAGACGACCCCCCCCAUGCCGGGCGCCAGCAGCACCCGAGGCAGAAGAGCUGGAACCAGAAGAUCCUCAAACCCUCGCCCCCCCCUCUCUCCUCGCCCGGCCCCGCGUCGGAGGCGGAGUCCGCGAAGGUCGACCCCACCCUUCCGCUGGAGAAACAGAGCUGGUACCAUGGUUGUGUGACACGUCAAGAGGCGGAGUCACAGCUCCUGCCCUGUAAGGAGGCCAGCUUCCUGGUGAGAAACAGCGAAUCAGGCACCAGCAAAUACUCCAUCGCUCUCAAGACCAGCCAGGGCUGUGUGCACAUCAUCGUGGCUCAGACGAAGGAGAGCGGCUACACGCUGGACCAGAGCAGCUGCGUGUUUCCCAGCAUCCCCGAGGUGGUGCACCACUACUGCAGCCAGCGCCUGCCGUUCACCGGGGCCGAGCACAUGACCCUGCUCCACCCCGUGCCCCGCCCACAGUGACUCCGGCUGCUGUCCGUCACGCUCUGACUCCGCCCCCCCCCUCCACUCACGGUGUCCCGGUGCCUCUCUCCACCUCUGUCUCUGUAACUCUCUCUUUCUCUCUGUUCCGCUCAUCACACGCUAACCCUGUCCUGCAGUCUGUCUGACUGUCUGUCUGUCUGUAGCCCAUUCUUCAUAGCCCUGUCACUCUAAUCACGGCCCUCUAGGUCCAAGGACUGCUGGUUUUCCACCCUCCCUUUACCUGGGAGUCAGGUGUGAAUACAGUCUGGCCAAUCAGCAGCACUAACUGUUCAGUUAAUUACCUGGGCGGAAAGAAAACCAGGACCGGACUUGGAUUCCACUGCAGUGUCCAACAGGACUGCAAUACAACACUGGCACAUGCUGUGGAGAAUAAUCUAGUGUGGAGACCCACCCAUUAUAGCUUCAACCCUUUUAUAAGGCCCCACCUUCAUGAAGACUCAGAUGACCUGAAAUGUUUUGAGGCUUUAAAUUUUUUUUUUUUUGCCAUAAUAGAAUAAAGGCUUCUGACAUCACAACUACAACCGAGCCCCUCGGAUCCCCCCUUUCAGGAACUGUCACCUGUCGCUGGGUUAUUCUAGAGGGGGCGCUUUUCCCGCAAAACCGACGUCCAGCCCGUUCUGAAGAGUUCCUGUUGAGUCGUAUGGCCACGGAUGUUCCACUAGGUAGCAUUCCCGACCCAUUGGUCAUUAUCCAAACUAUUAUUGAGUUCCAUCAAGUUCUGACCAAUGAGAUGCUUCAGAAAUGAGAUCUAUAUAGCUUGCUCGCAUAUGAAAACAGCUGUCAUUCGCUAUGUUUUGUAUUUAUCACACACGAUAAAUAAGCACAGCUACUGACUAUAUUGACCACACCUAUAUUUCUAGAAGGCAGAAACGUUGGUAUAGAGUUACAGGAUGGCUUGGAUGUCUUCAAUGUAUUACUUCACCAAACGAUAACACAAGCAAGCCCCUUAGAGCCUCCUGUAAUGUUUUUCCUCCUUAUAGGACGAGUUUGGCUGCGUGCAGUUUGCUAAUCUGCUAAUCUUGCUAAGAGACUGGUAAUAGGUUCUCCGGACCAGAAAAUGUACUGGAAAACCCGGUAGAACCACAUCUGGGUGGAUAGUAUGACAGAACAAACAAGGGUAACACACACACCCCCCCCCUCUCAAACAGUAAUAUUUUAAAUAGACGCUCAGCUUAUUGACUCUGCUACCUCCCUUACAAAGUGCACUCACAAAUUCACUGAAAGUACUUUGAACAAAUAGGAGGUUAUAUUCUUGCAUGUGCAUCGGAUGAUGCAUAUUCUUCUCCUCACACACCUUUUCAUCAAUCAGUUUCUUUGUUCCAACUUUUUAAAACCUGCCUUUUUGUUUCACAAACCCCUGUCAGGUUCACCAGUUUAUUACAAACUUCUCUGAAGUUCUCAAUGGCGAAAUAGCAAAAGGGACGUUUGCUCACCCCCUCUGGUGGACGAGCUCGCACACUGCAUCCUGCUGGACUCAAUCCAUUUUGGAAACGCUUGAUAAUUGCUGACGAUCAGAUUCUGUGCACGCCCUCAGAAUGAACGACGAAAUCCUCUGGCCCUCUUCCAUCCCAAAAGCAUAACGUUUGUCUCGCAGCAAGGAGGUGUUGCGGACCAGAGGAAAAUUAUAUCUCAUUCCCUCUCUGUUCAUUAUUUCUUAAUUUGCUUUUGUGAAUGACUGCGACGUUGUUCGGGGUUGGCACUGCUAACUGUGUUGUGACUCAGCCUAAUGCAGUGCGCUGUCUUUGGCUGACGCCAAUUAGCCCGGAUCCCACGGGAUCCAAUGACAGCCCCUCAGGCCAUUAAAAAAAAUCAAUACGGCGGAUUGAAGUGCGUUCAUUUUUCAGGGAAAUCGUGUCACUUCAUUGGAUGCCAGAUCUCGAGAAUGCCAGUAAGAGACUCCCAUCGAUUAGACAUAGUUCAGGCGAGGGGUACGGACGCCAUUACCCCCGUCUCCACGGAAACUUGUGGGGGGAGGGGUCACACCACGGCAGCCCACAUUCACAUAGCACUCAUUGGAACUGACUGCCAAAACAGGAACCUGAAGGAUUGUGGCCGCGUUGAAUGUAGCUCAAACAGCACCGUCGGUGAAUAACAAGAAUUCAGUCCAACAGGGCUAAUACCGUUUCCCUAAGUCUGUUGGCCUCAAUGAGAAUUCGACCUGUAUUUCUUACUAAUCUAUUUUUUGGUGACUUGUAUAUUGGUCAUGUGGAGGAAUAUGUUUUAAAAUGGCUGUUAUUGUUUUAUGUAAUUGUGUACAUAUUUACCUGGUGUUCAUGUCAAAUUAAGGAAUUGUUAUCAUUAAUAUUAAUAAAGUGUCUUCGUUAAUCAACAAAGCUUUGCAGAAUGUGUACUUCUGUAUGCCUGUAAUGCUGUAUAAUCUGUUUGGUUACGGAAAUUAUAAAAAAAAAAAAACAA